CAACUUUUGCUGAAGAAGAUUAUAUCAUUCAAGCUCUUAUUGUGCGGAAAAAAGAAUCAACAAAUUAAGUGAACAACAUUAAAUCAUAAAUUAUAUUAACAUUUUUAAAAAAUGGCACAAUAUCAACUUUUUGAAAGAUAUCCAAUUCAACAAUUGGAAGAUAGUUCAUCUGACGAAGACGAAGUUCCAUACAAUUAUGCAAAUCAAGGUACAAAAAAAAUCACAGACGUUCAGCAAUUAAAGAAAUGCGACUUAUUGCUAUCAAGUGACGAUGAUUCAAGUAGUUCUUCAAGCUCUGACAGCUCAGAUAGUUCGGAUGAUUCUUCAUCGAGCGAUGAAUCAGAAAAUGAGCAGAUCAAGUUUUUCCCAUCACCUACUUCUGAAGAUGAACAAAAGUCUGUUGCUAAACCACCAAAAAGAUCAUUUUCAAGACUUGAUAAUAAUCCAGAAGAUUUAAUUGUAAAUAAGCGACCAAAAUUUAAUCAAUUGCCUCAAGUAAACCAGAUUAAUCCAGUCACAAACACUCUUGAUACUAAUAUCAAGGCACCUCAGCCUGUAAAUUUUGACAGCUACUCAGGUAAAUCGCUCAAGAUGAUGGAAAAGAUGGGCUUCAUUAAAAAUAGUGGUCUUGGAAAAUCGGGACAAGGAAGAAUUGAGCUUAUCGAUGCUGCUCAACAAAAAGGCCGUCGAGGUCUUGGCUUGAAACUUGAUGGACUAGAUCAGGUAGCAAUUAAAUGGGAUCCAUCAUCCGAGCAACUUUCCAUACCUGAAAAUGUUGAUUGGAUUGAAAAUAAUGAUCCAGCAGAAAGCUUGUUGGAAUUUUCAAUGGAUACCCUCGAGUCCUGGGUCAAAAGAGGUUCAAAGAAGUCAACAAUCGAUAAUGAAACAAAAUUCUGCGAUGAAGACGUUCUUAAAGGUGUUCUGGAAUCAAAAUCAGUGUUUGAUAAAUUAGGUGCUGAUGACAUGUUCCGUGCUAGAUCAAAAUCAAAUCCAUUUGAGACUAUCCGUAAAAACAUAUUCCUUAAUCGUGCAGCAGUUAAAAUGGCAAACAUAGAUUCAAUGUUCGACUUCAUGUUCACUAAUCCUGUUGAGGAAAAUGGCAAUCCAUUAGUUGGAAAAGAUGACUUGCUGUACUUUGCUGAUGUCUGUGCUGGUCCUGGUGGGUUUAGUGAAUAUGUCCUCAAUCGUAAGAAGUGGGAAGCUAAAGGAUUUGGAUUUACCUUAAAAGCUGAGAAUGAUUUCAAACUUCAUGACUUUUUUGCUGGACCUCCAGAGACAUUUACUCCAUUCUAUGGAAUUAAUGGAGAUGGAAAUGUCUACGAUCCAGAAAAUCUAAAAUCUUUUGAGGAUCUCAUCAUGGACCAAACAGACUCUGGAGUGCAUUUUAUGAUGGCUGACGGUGGCUUCUCUGUUGAAGGACAAGAGAAUAUACAAGAAAUUCUUUCUAAGCAGCUUUAUCUUGCACAGUGCCUUUGUGCAUUGUCAAUUGUAAGGACCAAUGGACAUUUCGUGGUCAAGUUGUUCGACCUCUUCACACCAUUUAGUGUAUCCCUGAUUUACUUAAUGUAUAAAUGCUUUACAAAAAUCAGCAUUUGCAAGCCCAACACGAGUCGACCUGCUAAUUCUGAAAGAUACUUGGUGUGCAAGUGGAAGAAGCCAUUUACGGGUACAAUCCAGCAUCAUUUAUUUGAAAUUAAUAAGGAACUUGGAAAGCAGGAAAAUACAGUUGAUAUGGAUGUGCUUGAAUUGGUGCCAUUUGACGUUAUUAAGAGUGACAAGGAAUUCUAUGACUACAUUUACAACAGCAACAACAUCAUUGGAAAGAAUCAAAUUGUUGGUCUCAAUAAAAUCGCAGCUUAUUGUCAUGAUUCAACUUUGGUCGAGACACGUCAAGCAGACAUCAGAAAACAAUGUUUAAAACUUUGGAAUCUUCCUGAUGACACCCGUAGAAAGCCAAUUAUGAAAAGCUGUGACAUAAUUUGUGCUGAAUUAUUGGAAUCAAAAUGGAUGAAAGAGAAUUUCAUGACAGCACCAGAAAGGGAACUGAAAUCAGAAAAUCAUCUUAAAGGAUACAUUCAUUCUGUUCUUGAUUGGUAUUUUGUUGGCGUUGACGACAUAGUAAAGUCAAGCAAAGGUCGAACAUUCUUUAUGUCUCGUGGACGAUUUGAUGUUCAUUCUUACAACAUGUCAGCUAAUAGAUGGGAACCACUGAAGGACCAGCAUAUUGGAAAAGUUGAGUUGCCAGCAAAUACACUCAUUUAUGGAGAAAUUGUUAAGGAACUUAUUGGAGAAAGUCGUUCACAAAUUACAACCUCAGCACUGCACAUUAUUGAUGGAAUCAUCUUAGGUGGAAAAGACAUUCGUCAGUUGUCUCUAGUUGAACGGAAUCAAAUGUGCCAAAAAUUUGUAAAAGCCUUGUACAAGCCACAGCAAUGUCGUGACAACAACACGAUUCCAAUUCGUUGUAAGAAACUCUUCAAAUUGACUGAUUUUGAAGGAUUUUUUGAUCAUUUAGUGCCUCGACGUCUCAAAGAUCGUAGUGAAAAAAUGGGCUAUGACGUCAGUCACGAUCGCUUCCAUAUUCCACGUGGUCUCCUUUUGCUUAAUGAAGUUCGCAGUGACAAAAUGAGAUGCUUUUCGGCUACUCAAAGGAAAUUUUAUUAUUUUGACAAGAAUACAAAGAAGACUGACUUUCCAGAAAACUUACAAGCUGCUGAGAAGUAUGCAUCAUUUAAGAAUACAUUUACGAACCGAAUGAUUUGGAAGUUUGAGGUUCGUGAGCAGAUUUUGGAACAUGUUGAGGCACCAAAGAAGCAAAAUUCAUUUUUGUAUAGAGAAGAUUUUAACCAUUUUGUUGCCUGUAGAACUCCAAUUAGCUAUUAAAGUUUUGUAAAUAAAUAUUUUGUGAAUCAAAAGAUUUUUGACUCAAAUAAAUUGCUCUUUA